AUGGCUUCAUCAUCGUCUUCCUCCUCCAACUCCCAAACCAUAACGGCAAAGACAUUUACUGGACUCGGUAACCUCAUCAAGCUCCUCCCCACCGGCACUGUCUUCCUCUUCCAAUUCCUCAACCCCGUCGUCACCGAUACCGGCCAUUGCACCACCACCAACAAGAUUAUCACCGGUGCUCUCUUUGUCGCCUGCGCCUUCAACUGCUGCUUCGCCUGCUUCACCGACAGCUACACCGGCUCCGACAAACAGAGGCACUAUGCCAUCGUCACCAGCAAGGGGCUGUGGCCGGCGCCGGCCUCCGAGAAGGUCGACAUGGCCAAGUAUAAGCUCCGGGUGGGGGACUUCGCUCAUGCUUUGUUAGGGUUGGUCGUGUUCGCUGUGCUGGCUCUUCUGGACGCCAACACCGUGCAUUGCUUCUACCCCAACUUUGAAAAGGCGCAGAAGAUUCUGAUUCAGGUGCUGCCGCCGGUGAUCGGGGUGGCGGCGGGGGCAGUGUUCAUGCUGUUCCCUAAUACUCGCCAUGGAAUUGGAUACCCAUUCUCAUCUGGCGACGAGAAUAACAAUAAUAACAGCAAGGACAAGAAAGAGACCACAAAUAAUAACACCACCAAGCGUGUUCAGGUGUAGGGAUAAUAAUGUUAGGAAACAUCGAUCUAUUAUUCGUAUAGUUCUUUAAUAGUUUGAGAUUGAAGAAAUAUAAUUGUGCAUGACAGGUCCAGUAAGUUCAUGUUUCACCAGAGCAGCCUAUUACGUACGACUGUACAACAUAAUUAUUCUCUAGAUGUGU